AUGGACAUUACAAGCAUUGCUGACUCGUGGGUUAGGUUUCUCACGAAAAUAUAUCAUCCCAACAUUGACAAGCUCGGUAACAUCCUCGGCAUCAUGAAAGACAAGCAGGGUCCCGCACUGCACACUCGAACAGUACUUCUAAGCAUUCAAUCUCUUUCGAGUGCUCCAAACCCCGAUGAUCCACUUUCUGAGGAUAUCGCUAAGCAUUGGAAGAUAUAUGAGGCUGAAGCUGUCAAAACAGCAAAGGAAUGGACCAGAUUGUAUGCUAGUGGUGCGUGACAAUGUAAAGGAAAACUUCCCUGAAUUAAAGUGAUUUUCAGCUGCUGUAAUCUUAUUCACUGUGGACUUAGGAUGGAAAUGGAAAGAACUGGUAUGCCCAUCGA